AUUUCUGUAAAAAGGGUAAAAUGUACAUCAUUAGCAUCCUCUACACAACUCAGAAUGGAAAAAAGGAGGCAAAGGUUUCCUGCCCGCUUGUGAUCCCAAGGUCUGAGCAUGAGUGCAACCUUCACAGCGAAUACCGCCUCCCCUGCGGAUCCAGCUCUAUAUCCGAGACACAGUGCCUCUCCAUGGGCUGCUGCUUCAACAAGCACCCCCCUGCCUGCUACUACCCAAUGGAUGAGUGCACUAUUGACCGCCACAUGAUCUUCUCUGUGCCCGCCUCCCUCACGGACCCCCCUCUUUCUACUGCGCUGCUGGUCGCUGCCACCAACUCCACCUGCAGACCUCAGAGGGUGACCCCUGAGUAUGCAUUGUUCAAAAUCCCAAUGGAUGGCUGUGGGACACGCAGAGUGGUGGUGGGGAAGACUGUCAUCUACAUGGUGGAGAUUAUGAACACAGUACAAACUGUCAGCCUUAACUAUGGCACCAUCACAAGAGAUUCACCUGUCAGGUUACUGGUGGAGUGCAGAUACGUGCCAGGAACAGUUCUCAGUGUGAGCUAUGUUGUUAAAACUCCCACCUUUGGUCCUGAUGUUCAUACUCAGGGGGUGUUUGGAGUCCAGCUCAGGAUUGCCAAAGAUGCCCAGUACACCAGUUACUACCCACAGUAUCACCAGCCUCUGCACAUGUUGCUGGGGAAACCUCUCCACCUUGAAGUGCGCCUCCUCGGCUCCCCAGAUCCCAGUUUGGUGCUGCUGGUGCACUUCUGUGUGGCCUACCCUCGCUCUGGAAAAGCAGCGUGGGUGUUGCUUUACAAUGGUUGCCCCAACCCUCUGGACCCAGCCCCACCAGAGACAGUUCUGUCAGACCCGACGCCACCGUCUCCUCAGAGUCAGACUCGCCGCUUCACCAUUAACACCUUUCAGUUCCUCCCUGAUGGGGAGUUCCAGGAUAUGGAUGAGGAGAUCUACUUCAUGUGUUCAACUGAGAUCUGCUCUCCUCGAGAUGGUCCUUGUGUUGAGGGAUGCUUUGGUCACUGACGAUGGAAAAAUUGAUUUAAUUCACAGCAUCCUUGAGCUCCAGUGUAAGAUAUGAUACAAAUAACCUUCAAUAAAAGCUCUUAAACAACUCUGAA